CCUAAAAGGCGUAUUCUUCUUCUUCUUCUUCUUCUUCUUCUUCUUCUUCUUAUUAUUAUUAUUAUUAUUAUUAUUAUUAUUAUUAUUAUUACAUCUGGAAUUAUGCUUGGGUAACAUUUGUUUUUUGUUAUAAUGAUGUCCAUACUCAUAGUAACCUGAUAGUAACGUGCUCCGUAGUAACGUCCUCUGCCUACAUGUUGUUUUUAAUACUCGGGGUCUUAGUGCGCAUGCGUGUGCCCAACAGCUACUACUCACCCUGCACAUGCAGAGAAAUCCCAUAACGUGAGGGGCACAGCACACCGGAGGAACAAGCUAGUUGUCUUCCAGCUGUCCGUUUGCUGUGUACACCUGCUCUUAUUUAUACCCAUGCAUCACCUAGAGUUUGGCAGCGACACGUAGUUGUGCUGCACAGCCUCUUCAGUUCACCAAGUGUGCGGACUUGAAGCGAGCGAUGUCGGAGGAGGACAGGGUGGCAACAACAACAACAACAACAGGGCGCGCUGCUGUCCCGUUAGCAUCGCGACGUCCACCGGUCCAUGUUGCUUGACUCUGCCGGCCAGAGUACACCCGACCACGCCUCCUGUCCAGUCCAGUCCUGUCCAGAGCCGUCCCGAGGCCCAGCGUGAUGGCCGAGGAGGACCCCCAGCAGCAGCCGGACCGCGGGGCGAGGACGCUUCCCGGCCUGCUCCCCGGGCUGCAGGGAGCUGAGGCCAGUGCGCUGCAGCUCAGGAUCAAGAACUCCAUCUGCAAAUCUGUUCAAUCGAAAGUGGAAAACAUUCUGCAAGAUGUGGAGAAGUUCUCAGACAUUGAAAAGCUCUACCUCUACCUUAAGUUGCCUUCUGGUCCGAGCAGUAACACUGAGAAAAGUGACCAGAGUGCCCUGUCAUCGAGCCGCACACAGCAGAUGCAUGCGUUCAACUGGAUCCGCAAUCAUUUAGAGGAAUACCCAGAAACCUCUCUCCCCAAACAGGAGGUCUAUGAUGAAUACAAGAGCUUCUGUGACAAUCUGAACUACCACCCGCUGAGUGCUGCAGACUUUGGCAAAAUGAUGAAAAAUGUCUUCCCGAACAUGAAGGCGCGUCGACUUGGCAUGAGAGGGAAAUCUAAAUAUUGCUAUAGUGGACUAAGGAAGAGGCCCUUUGUUCACAUGCCAUCUUUACCAACUUUGGAUAUGCAUAAAACAGGCGACGGACUCCAGUGUGAUGUCUUAGACACAGCAGGCCAGCUGAGCAGCAUACAGGAGGACGUGCGGUUUGCAGCCUGUGAUCUGGUGUGCGAGUGGGCCCAGAAGGUGCUGAAACGACAGUUUGAUGACGUGGAAGACUUGGCUCGCUUCCUAAUUGACAGCCAUUACAUCAGCAACAAGUCUUUGGCAGCGCUCACUAUUACAACUGGCACUGCAACAGAGGUGAACACUCCACAGUCGGUCUCAGCAUUCGUCCCCACCGCCGAGGCUCACUCCUUCCAGCCUCAUGUGACCACCCUGUCUUCACCUUCUGUCGAUGCGAAGCAGCAGCUCCAGAGGAAGAUCCAGAGGAAACAACAAGAGCAGAAGCUGCACUCACCUUCACCUGGAGAGGGACAAACUAAGAGGGCUGACGACGGUGUGCCUUGUGCCAGCCCCACUCCUCCGUCUCCUCAGACAACCAUCGGCAUUGUGGUCGCAGCGGUCCCAAGCCCCAUCACGGUACAGAGAAGCCGGCAGCUGAUGUCGCCCAGCCCAAUGGGAACAGUAGAGAACAAAAUGCUGCCACUUAACUUCCAGAUGUUGACACAGCCAGUUCAGGCAGUGAAACAGAGCCCCAAACCCCCACAAAAUAUUCUAACCAGUCCCAUGGGAGAACGCACUGCUCGGCAACGAUAUGCGCAAAUUCUGCCCAAACCUUCGGCUGCGACUGCCAUCACCUUGCGCUCGCCCUCCACCAUGAUCAUCGGCAACAACCCCAUUAAGACUGUGAUGACUACAUGUCAUGUCAGCCCAGUCAGCUUGGUGAAGAUGACAGCCAUAUCACUUGCACCCACCGGCAGCAAUACCACCACUUCCUCUCUGCGGCCGGCUUCUGCAGGCAUCAGCAACUCCGCAGUUGCGGAAGAUGUCAGCUGCAAUCAAAGCACGAGGAGCACUUCUGCAGUCCCCAUUCUGGCCCCGGUGGCCAGGCCGGUGCAGGCUGUUAAUACCCCUAACAUCGAUGUUGAAAUGGAAGUUGAAGCUAUACAUAAAAACAGCCAAAUGCAAAAUUCUAGUAGUCUGAUUUUGACCCAAGGGGCAAUGACAAACAAGGCUGGAGGCGCCGUGCAGAGGGCUGCCAGUGUGCCCAUACCUCAGACGAGAGGCUUCCUGAGUCUGGAGGAAACACCCAGCACUAAUUGCAGUGGAAGGUCCUGCUCAAGCACUCACACUGUGGCAGCCACUGAAAGCAGCGAUGAUAGCAUUGAUAAUACAAGCACUUUGCACUUAACUCCCUGCAAUCAGAAUACAAGUGCUGUUUCUUUACUCAACACCAUCAGAACACCUUCAUGUGGGGAGGGCAGCAGUGGAACAUCAGUAAAGGAAGGUUUCCUGUCCACUAAGAGCCUCAGGAAACGCUCAAGCCUCAGUCCUGACUUUUCACCGGUCAAAAGGGUUUUUAUGCCCCAGCAGUCAGUAGAGGGAGCUGCUGGGUCUGGAUAUGGGAUCAGAAACACGGUCAGCAACAUCCAAAGACCAGGAGCUCCUACCAGACCUGAAAGUGCACCAGUGUCGAGGGAGGUAGAGACGAAAAUGAACUCGUCCACUCAAGUCCAUGCACUCUGCACCUCCUCUUUCAGAGCCAGUGGUUUCUACUCUGUUGCCAAAACACAGGGCUCAAUGCAAAGGAAAAAUACCUCCACUGUUGUGGAAACUGGCACCUCGGUCAGUCACGCAUUAAUACAGCAACACCAGGGGCACACAUUGGCUAGUGUGAAUAAUAACCCUGGCCUCCAACAACACUCAGGCGUGAGCGAUGUGAGGAGUUCAACCACGGGGAGCCUGGAAGGAGUGCAGCAGCAGACCUACACUCAGUCCAACCUGGCGACUGAAUCCUUGGAAUUUUUCAAUCAAGCGUCGUCGUCGAGCCAGCUCCCUAUGCAGACGGAUACAGACUACUUUCCCUUUGACGAUGACGUGACUCAGGACAGCAUUGUGGAAGAGCUGGUGCAGAUGGAGGAGCAGAUGAAACUCAACAACAUGCAGGAGUUCGGAGGCUGUGUCACGCUGCAAGGCCAACAGGCGCUGAUGCCAGAUAAUGUAACGUCAACUAAUCAGACCAUGACUGCUUUCUAUAAUGCCGCAAACAACAACGCGAUCCACACUCCAACGCCGACGCCCACUCCUACACCCACAUCAGAAAUGAUGGGAGGAGCCCAAGGUCUCACCGGAGAGAGCCCCUGCUCCCGCAUCACCUCCACAACCCCAGUGGACAGUGCGCUGGGAAGCAGUCGUCACACCCCAGUUGGUACUCCACUGUCUAACUGCAGCAGCAACGUGCCUCCCAGUCCAGUGGAGUGCAGAAACCCGUUUGCAUUCACACCCAUCAACUCCAGCAUCACUGGUUUUCAUGACGGCAGCACCGUCUCCAGCAGCCCCGUCAAGCCCAUGCAGAGACCGAUGGCCACCCAUCCCGACAAGACUCGGCUGGAGUGGAUGAACAACAGCUACAACAGCAGCAGCAGUGGGAGCUUGAACAAGGCAAGCAGUGGAAUGGGAAUCCUCCCCAGCUAUCAAGGCCUCAUAGGUGAUAAUUUUCAAAAGCCUCAUGCCUUCGCUGUCCCUCAUGCACGCCACCACGACAGCCAUUUUGGCCGCUUGACUCCUAUCUCGCCAGUGCAGCAGCAGGUGUCUAGCAUGGCCAAGCAGGAGGGUUUUGCUGUGCCUGCCCCUCUGGAUAAUAAAACCACCAACUCGCCUGCUACGACUUCUCGAUGUCGCAGCGUAAGCCCUGCUGUGCAUCAGAGGAAUCUGAACACAGGAAACCUUCCUUACAUCCCUCGAUCAGUAGUGUCCCCUUUCAACUCACCUGUGAUGCCCGAGAUGUUAAACAUCUUUGCAAACAGCCAGACAAAUCUCAGGGUGAGCAGCAUGGCUCAGAGGAGCCAUUCUGUGCCGCUCAACGUCAUGAUGCAAACUGAGGUCCUGCCCACGCCGGGCCAACAAUGCAAUGGCAAGAACAUCACCAAUGUCCUUCUGAACAAGCUAGAUGGGGACCAGGAUGACACCGUCCGGGGUCUCGGCAUCAAUAAUUUACCCUCCAGCUACACUGCACGCAUGAACCUCACCCAGGUCCUGGAGUCUGACCCCAACCUCUCCUACAGUGACAACCAGCUCGGCCUGAUGUCCUCCGAAUCCACCAGCAAGAUGCAGAGGCCAAAUUACCUCAUGGAAAAUGCUAUGAACGAACAAAUGAUUCUCUCAGCAGGUGACAGCAGAGCCUCUGGAGAGCAGCGUGGGCAUCAGGCCCAGUCUAUGCUGUUGUCUUUGAGUUCACAGCAGCAUCAAGAAGAGCUGCAGCAGCACCAGCAGUUGGACUUCAGCCACACUGUGAAAGACCUCCUGAUGGACAACAGCCUUACCGCUGGCAACCACCUCAUGGAACAGGUAACGGAGCUUACUACAGGCGGGGCAGAUUUCCCCUGUGAAAUCAGAAUGACAUCGGAGAUCUCCAGCAGCAUCAAUGACCUUAACGCAUUAGACACCAACCUGCUGUUUGACCCCAACCAGCAGCAAGGACAAUAUCAAAACACUGCUGCAGAGGAGGAGCUGGCGAAUGAUGUACUGUUUCAGCAGAUUACCAGUGAGGCGGCACAUUCAAGUGGCCUCGACUGGCUGGAAAACAAAGAUCAUCCAACUGUUGGGUUGAUGGGUUGAUAAUAUUUUUUUAUUUAACAUGUUGAACAUGUUAAAUCUGUGGUUUGUUUUAUUUAUUUUCAGGCAUUUACAUUUUAUAGUGCAACACUGGACACUUGUUUGUCCAGUCUAAGUGCCAGGCUGAACUGCAAUGAUGCUGCAGCACUGAUUAAAAUGCUGGUCAUUUCCCUUUAA